AUGUCAUGUGUCCUCCUGUCAGUGUUACCCUUGGUAACAGCCUCUAGCGCCUUUGCAUUCAUCCUUCUUCACCAUAUGCAUUCUGUAUCUGAUAUAUCAUUCUUUGAUGAUGAGUUGAAAUGCUUGCAUGGUAGUACAGAAGAUGAUAUGUGUGAAGAGGGGGAUUGUGAAGAAGGAUAUCAGGCAGGAACAGAAUCUGAACAAGAGAAUGGCGAGGAUGUAGUUUCAAAUGGAGAAGUUGCCUUCAACCCUAUUAACGAGACAUAUAAUUCAAUUAGGGAUUUUGUUACUACCUUUAGUGACACAAUUGCAAGGGAAGACUUCUUGCGUGGCAGGGGUUUUGAUGAUGAUGACUUCGUUCGAGGGAUAGAUGACACAGAGCUUAAUGGGUUUGAAUUGAGCAAUGGUGAAAAUGGUGAUAUUCAAUUCCAGGAUGAAGUACCUGACGAAGCAAGUAAAUAUGGUGAUGAUAUAGAAAAUAUUCCUGCUAAUGUGAACUUGGAGGAUGGACAAUCAGAAGAAGAUGGGCACCAUGAGCUCAAUAAAGCAAGUGCAGCGGAAGGGAGAUGUUGUAAUGAUAAUACAGAAUCUGAAACCGAUGGAUACGCAUGCCCAUCCACACUUGGUGAUUGCGGGUGUGCCAAGCAGGAAAUAGCGCAUGAGAUAUCUGAAAGGUAUCUAGCCCAAGCAGGGGUGGCUUACAAGAAGAGGUACCGGACGAAUAAGAACAUGAAGGGAACUGACUGCAGGAAACCAAGAGAUAUGGGUGCUGUUGAAAUUGCAAUGAGAACAGCGAGCCAUCGAAAAGGUGAACACAUAUUUGAGCCGAUAUUGGGGAUGGUUUUUGACUCAAAGGAGGAAUGUUAUGAAUUCUAUAAUAUGUACUCAUGGGAAUAUGGUUUUGGGAUUAUUUACAAUAAAAGCAGACCUACGAAAGAUCCAGAUUUUAGAACAAUGCAGGAAUUUUGCUGCGAUAAAGCGGGUAAAGACAGGCGUGUUAGUAGUACUACCAAGAAGGUUAACUGCAAGGCAAGGAUUAAGUUGCUACGUGAUGAACACGGGGGCUGUCAAAUUGCGAGGGAACAGAUGGAUGAUGAUGUUGGCAAGACAAUGGAAUUGUUUAAGAAGAUGAAAGAAGAAGACCCUGGCUUCCAGUGGAGUGUGGAGGUAGACCAAUGCAAGGCGAUGAGCAUCGCUUUAGGUGAAGUUUGGCCUGAUACAUUCCAUCUAUGGUGCAAGUGGCAUGUCCUGAAGAGGAUUAGAGAGUGUCUUAGACCAACUUACACAAAAAAUGCAGCAUUUAGAGAUGAGUUUUAUUUUAUUGUUAAUGAGAUGAUGACAAAGCAAGAGUUCGAAGAAUCCCAGUCUGACUUGUGUGAACGUUACCAACUGACAGAAAACCCUUUCAUGAUUAGAACUUUUCAGUGCCGCUCAAAAUGGGCUAAGCCAUGGUCAAAAGGUAAUUUUUGUGCUGGUAUGACAAGCACACAAAGGAGUGAGAGUGCGAACUGGAUGCUUAAGAGGUUUGUACCAAGGAACUCAUCUAUGAACCAAUUCGUCUCCCAGUUCAAUAAGUUGUUGGAUGAUAGGGACAUGGAAGAAGGGAGAGAAGAGAAUCUAACAAAACAGCUGGUUGUUAAAUAUAGUAGGCUAUGGCCUAUUGAGAGGCAUGCUUUAUCAAGAUCUACACAAGGCAGUCACUGA